AUGUAUUUGUUCUCCGUGCUCACGUUUGUGGCUCAGCUCGAACCUCCACUGGCCGCGUGGGAAGCAGCAGAACAGGCGGCGUGUCGGGCGCUUUUUCGUGGCACAACCAGGCUCCUGGGCAACGUCAAGCACUUCGGCCUCCCCGCGGAGCUUCCCGACCUUCACUGCGCCGCACAAGCCGUGAAAUGCAGGGUCCACAACUAUCAGUGCCGCAAGACAGAUGGGCUCAAGGUCGCGGAGCGCGCCCGCCACCUCGACAGGGCCGUCGCGAGCUGCGACAUCCUUGGCCGGAGGGCGCGGCGGAGAAGUCGGUUCCAGAAUUCGCCCCUCCGCAAUUUGCAUCGGGCCCACGACAAGCUCUGGAGAUCACCGCCGCAUUCCAAGACCCUCGACGGCAUGGCAAAGCACGGGAUCAGGGCCAGAUGGCAGCACAUCUGCCACGACUGCCUACGUCCUCCCUCCGCCGACGACGCUCUCCGGCAUGUGCGGCGGCGCCUGGACAGGUGGCAGGCGUAG